AUGAAAGGCAAGGUUGCUAACUCUCUCUCUCUCUCUUAUUCACUCUCUCUCUCUUUUAUUCCCUCUCUCUCUCUCUUUCUUAUUCACUCUAUUUACCGCAAGGACAAGAUGUCUCUACUUAUCUAUCUAAACAUUGUGGCUUAUCUCUCUAUCCACUUUGGCUUAACUCUCUAUCCAUUGUGGCUUAUUUAUCUAUCCAUUGUGUCUUAUCUCUCUAUCCACUUUGGCUUAACUCUCUAUCCAUUGUGGCUUAUUUAUCUAUCCAUUGCGGCUUAUCUGUCUACCCAUUGUGGCUUAUUUAUCUAUUCAUUGUGGCUUAUUUAUCUAUCCAUUGUGGCUUUUUUUUAUCUAACUAUUGCGGGUUAUUUAUCUAUCCACUGUGGCUUAUCUCUCUAUCCAUUUUCGCUUAUUUAUCUACCCAUUUGUCUAUUUGCUACAGAAAUCAUAGCCGCAUUACGUAUGUGGCGAAGCCGUUGUUCUAUUCUCCAUUAUAAAGUGAAAAGGACUCGUCGUCUCUCGUCAAAUGUUAAAUCCUUACAACCUUUGCGCUUUCUCCUGGUGACUGGUUCAUGA